AUGCUUAAAAGAACCGCAAUAGCCCAGUUAAGGAAGUACACAAAUGGCAUUGUUUUUAAGACAGCUUCUAAACCUAAAAGAAGGUGGAUUCCAUGGACGAUUUUUGGCGGAAGCUUCUUUGGAGGGUGGUACUUAACGCAGCAUAUGACAUUCACAGACCUAUUGGCAUAUUGGAGAUAUGACGCCCUUCCCAAGAACGCAGAUGAAGUCGUCAAAUAUCACGCAGAUCUGAAUAGACGUUUAAAUGGCCUACCUAUUGUAAAACAGUUGGAGGAAGCAGGUUUUGUACAGGUUAUUGCCAAUGAAGAGAAAAACUUGUUAGUGUCAAGGGCACUAAACACGCCGGGUGGCAUUGCUAUACCACCAAGAGUUUAUUACAACCCAAGUAGGCGUGAAACUGUCGGGCUAUACCAUUUAGGAAUGAAGCUAACCGGUUAUCCUUUCCUAAUUCACGGAGGCAUCCUAGCAACAGUCAUCGAAGACUUAAUGAAAGAAGCCUUUAGACUCGAAAAAGGAACAAAAAACAUAAACCAAGAGACUAAGGAUUUGAGUAUUUCGUACAAGUUCCCCACAUUAGCUAACCAGUUUGUCGUAGUAAGAACCACCGAUCUCCAGCAAUACGGUAACAAAACCAAACUAAAGGCUGAACUUAUGGACCAAAGUGGCAAUAGGACAUUGGUCAAAGCUAACGCUACGUUUGCCAGCGAAGAGUAA